CAAACUGGUGCCGCAUACUCCAAUAUGGUGCACACUGACCACACAGACCCAUUCUCUCACAUGUGGGUCUACCAGCUUUCUCCUGCUUGAUUUGAAGCCGCUAGAAUUUAUACGUAUUAAUGUGUCUGAAACACUGGCUCGUAAGACGUGUAUAUGACCAAAACAGUCAAAGGGUUAAAGACCAUAACAAGACAAAGAUCACGACAGCCAAGAUGAUGGGGGUGGGUAGUGAGAACUUUCAAAACAAGGGAAAUAAUGCUGAUAGUGACACUCUUCAAAUCGCUAGUGCUCCCUCACUUAGAGUAUUGCUCAGUGCUGAUGGCCCCAUUCAAGGCAGGAGAAAUAUCUGAGCUGGAACAAAUACAGUAAUCGUUUAUGGCUCACAUUGAGCCUGUAAAGCACCUAAACUACUGGGAACACCUGCAAGUCUUGAACAUGUAUUCAUUGGAGUGGAAAAGAGAGAGGUGCAUGAUAAGUAUAUACCUGGAAGGUACUCGAGGGCUUGGUCCCAAAUCUGCACACUGCCAUAACAACAUAAUGGAGUGAGAGAUAUGGGAGGAAGUGUAAAAUAAACCCAGUGAGGAGCAGGGGUGCAGUGGGGACAAUAGGGGAACACUGUAUCAACAUCCGGGGUCCCAGAUUAUUCAACAUUUUACCAGAGGAUAUCAGAAACACAGCUGGAACCAAGUGUAGAAGCCUUCAAGAGGAAACUGGACAAGUAUCUUCACCAGGUGCCAGAUCAACCAGGCUGUGAUGGAUAUGUGGGGCAGCGGGCCUCCAGCAGCAACAGCCUGAUUGACCAGGGAAGCACCAGAUGAGCCUGACCCAUGGCCGGGCUCAGAGAGUAGACAAACUCUCGAAACUCUUCAAAGGUAUCAAAGAUUUUUUAAGGGUGAUGUGAUCAUGAAGUUUUUCAUUCAUAACUGGUAAACUACUGUGAAUAGCUAAUACAAGAAAAUUAUCCUUGUGUGAAAAUCCAGUAGAGCACAAGAUGACACAGCACAUUCACAGUUACUCUGGUCAGAGCUAUGACCGCUGGGUUGAGCGUAAUUCAAGUAGCUCCACGCUAGGCAAGGUCCAAAAGCAGUUUUGGUUUACCAAAAGUGCUGUCAUACGUAAGUUUGGAAAGAAAGAAGAUGAGCAUGUGGUUGCUUCUGAUGCUGAACUGGAUGCCAAAAUAGAGCUCUUCAAGACUAUAGAAUCUAGCACCAAAGAUCUGCAGGUAUUGCUCGCAGACUACCAGAACAAGAUAUGUGUCAUGGCUCAAGAAGAAAAUGCAUUGGGUCGUUUCUUAAAAGAGUAUGGGAAGCAGGACAGAAGUCGAGCUGGGAAAAUGAUGACCGCUGUUGGAAAAAGCUUAAGUUACACUGCUCAGCAGCGAGUGGCUCUCCGAAAUCCCCUAGUGAGGCUGUUUCAGGAGGUUGAUACUUUCCAUACCCGUGCAGUUGAGGACACUGCAUGUACUGUUGCAGAGAUGGAAAAAAUUAGAACUGAAUACCGGGGUGCACUAAUGUGGAUGAAAAACAUCUCUCAAGAUUUUAAUCCAGAUCAGUAUCAUCAGUUGGAAAAAUUUAGAGAAGUUCAAGGAACAGUGAAGCAGAAAAAAGCCAAGUUUGAUCGCAUCAAGCUAAAGAGUUUGCAGAAGAUUGACCUUCUCGCAGCUUCUAGGUGCAAUAUGUUUUCUCAUGCCCUUAUAGUUUACCAAAAUAACCUCAUCACAUUCUCAGACAAAAUUUCUAAAACUCUUAACAGUGUGGCUAAUAACUUCAAAGGUUAUCAACCUUAUGAUUUUCAAGUUAUUAAGGAACUUGCAGAACCACCUAGGAAACUAAGUGAUGAUGCAAAGGAGGAGAAAGAGGAGGAUGGAGAGAAACUAGAAGGGGAUGAAGAAACAUUUUUUCAUGCUGAAUAUCAUGAUGAUCCUGAUAAUAAAAGUAUUAGAAGUCAAGAGAGACAAUCAGGUAAUAAAACUAAAAAAGCAAGUACUGAUCAGAAUAAAUCAGACAGUAUGGUAAAUCUCCUUGACUGCAGCGAUGAGAAUAAGAUUGAGGCAUUAUCAUCAUUAAAACAAACAGAGAAUAAAUCACUCGCACAAUUUGACAACAGUUCUCAGAUAAUGGACUUUUUGACAAAUAAUCCUGAAGUGCCUGAUACAGAAAAAGAUACACAACAGAUGCUGAAGGAAUUAUUCGAUAGCCCUAUCCAUCAGCCACUUCCGGUAUUUGGCAGUGACUUAGGUGCUGGCACAUCACCAGUUAGCGCUGCAGCCCAGAACUCCAGUGUCACUCAGGGUCUUGAGGAUUUAGACACUGAUCCCUUUUCUAUGUUACAGAAUCAAUCAAACCAACAGCCACAAAACAUGUUCCUUCCAUCCCAACUAUUAGAUUUUGGUAUGAAAGGUUGGGAAUCCCAGACAGUGCAACAAGCCUCAACAUCAACUCUUCAACCACAACCCCUUACCUCAUCUGCUAACAAAACCUCACCAACAAGUUCUUGGGCACACCAAAAAUGUUCCCCUAAUAUUACAAGCAACUCAUCUAACCAAAAUUUAAAACAAGAAAUUCAAAAGUUGGAUUGGUACAGAGUAUUCCAAGACAUUGAUCCACUGGGUGAUCCAGCAAGUGCCAUAUUCAACCAAGUGACGGAGGAUGAUAAAAAGUGUUAAGCAUUAUUCAUUAACUAAACUUGAAAAAUCAGUACUUUACAGGUACAGAUGAUUACAAUUGGUUAUAGUUUUUAUUCUUUUGACCAUAAAUUAGUGAAGUCUUCUUGACUUCAAUUAAUUUUGAUAACUAUAUUUUGUCAUUAUUCAUGAUUUGUUAUAAUUUAAUUACCUUUCUGUUUGAGUGUUUUAAAACCAAAUUGUAUGGAGUAACUAUUUAUUUUUUGUUACAUAAUUAAAACAAUAUAAAAUAUCAAAAUCCUUUCACAGUUCACUUAAUUUACUUAGAAAAUUUGUUGAAUGUUAUAUGAUAUUUGUUAAUGUAUCAUUCUUCUAAUAUAAUUUGUUGGAUGUCAUAUGAUAUUUGUUAAUGUGUCAUUAUUCUAAGUUUAUGCUUUGAUUCAACAGGUAUGUACAUUCCACUAGUCAUUGCUAUUACCAAAUUCCAAGGUCAGUUUUUUUCUAGUCAUGAGGAUAGUUAUAUUUAGGAAAUUUGGAUACAGGUCAUGCUUGGGGCCCACUAUACAAUAUAUAUUUGUGCACCAGGUAGGUGUGGCUCUGGAAGUAAAUUUAGGGAUUCGAGACAAAUCACUGGGGCUCUAUUCAGGUCAGGCCUGCUUUGUUUUUUGUAGCCAUAGGCAUUCAACAAUAGCACAGGAUUGUGACAAGUAUUAUGCUCUAAUUUCCCCCCCUUUUUUUUUUUUUCUUUUUUUUGUACGCCAUGUUCCAUACCAGGAGGUUCCUUUACUGCCUUAUAUUAUUUUGUGUAGUUCUGUAUAUACCAUGUUGCAAGUGUGUAUAUCCAGUUAAAUGUACAGUAAAACCUCAAUUUAGUGGAGUUCAGAAACAAUGGACAAAUAAUUUGGCUGGACAAAAUUUGGAUUUAAUGGCAAGUCUACUGGAUAAUAAAUUUGUCCAUUAGCAGUGGCAUGUCCAGUAGUCUCUGGAUCCAGUAGACCAAGUCUGUCUUCCGGCCCUUGUCCAGUAUGGGUCAGAGUUCAAUGGAACCCCUAUUAACGAGUGCAUCCACGUGCAAGUUUUUCCAGAUACAAGCAGUUGAUCAGUCAAUUUUUUGUUUCCAUAUGUGAGUGAAAUUUACAGAUGCGAGCGGGCCUCAAGGGAGAUUCCUUGACGCUGGUGAGGGGCUCUUGCUCUUGAUUUAGGGAAUUGGAUCUCAUUUGUUUGUUGAACUAUCUUAUUGAAACUUGGGCAAUGUACAACGGAAAGAUGUUUCUUAUUGUACACCAAAAUUGAAUGAAAUCUGACUGUAAAUAACAGGGUUCACUUCUCUGCUAUUAGCCGGCCCUUUUUGGUAUAUUUUCAUAUGGUUUUUAUGGUUGUAUUCUCUCUCUCUCCUUUUUUUUUUUUUGUCAGUUGAUAGAACGGAAGAUAUAUUACAGAAAUAGAUAUGAUUUUGAUUGCUUUCACGACGAAAAGUACCUUGAAAUUGAACUCAAAGUAGCGGAAAUGUUUGAUUUUUGCCGUUGUUCAAGAGUAAGCAAAUGACGUCACCGAGUGGCCAUUCCAACAUGCAUUCACGAAUGGGUUGACAUUAUUUGUACUAUUAUUACAAUAAUGCAGUAGUCUGCAUAACAGUAAAUCUGUUUUUUGUCUGAAUAAAAAUUCCAAAAGAUAAGCAAGAGUAAUAUUAUAAGAAUACGUGUGUACUACUACUACUAAUAAUAAUAAUAUGUAUAAUACAGUAAUUAUAUAUGUAAUAUAAAUUAUUAUAAGAAUGCGUACAUACUAAUAAAUGAUACGUAAUUCUAAUAAUAAUACUAUAAAUGAGUUUCAGUUCGCCACCACAAGAUGGCAGUGUUUGUCAAAACAUAGCCGCUCAGGGAGGGAGGGAAAUCUUGUGUUUUCCUUACGUUUUGUGCAGUUAUUUUGUGAAAUUUCUUCUUUCUAGCCAUGGGUCCUAAGAAAGCAAGUGCAAAGGAGAGUGCUGAGAAGAAAAACAGGAUGAUUUCCAUGGAAUUAAAGCAGGAAAUCAUACAUAAACACAAACUACUCUUAAGAGUGUACCAUAAAGAAUGUACCAUUAAGAGUGUAACGAUUAAGCAAUAGAAAAAGGACGAUCUAAUGAAGUUUGCCUUACAAACUCUGUUUUCUGUUAUAAUGAAAACAUGGGAAGGUAUGCCAGAGGAGCAGGAAUGGCCACCGUGGUGGCCCUAUACACCACAACAACAAUGGCUGCUGCCUCCGCCUUCACUAACACUACUACAUACGUAAUAUUUCAUUUAUUCUGGUGUAUAUUUCAUGUUUCUGUGUUAUUAAUAUUGUUUAUUAUGUCAUAUUAGAUGAAUUGUGAUAGAUAAAUAAGCCAUAGAGUUGAUAUUAGAGAAAUUAUUGAAGUAUUUUGAUGGUGCCUAGAAUUCCACUGAAACGAAUUAAUUCCAAUUCAAUUAAUUUAAACGAGGAAAAUUGACUCUGCAAACGAGCAAAUCCACAUGUGAGCAAGGUCACGGAACAGGUUAAACUCAUUAGUGAAGGUUCCGCUGUAUUUGCAUCUUGGACCUGUCCGUUUUCAUUUUGACCCAAGGCACAGGCCACCUGUGUCAGUUUAGCAUUGUCUUCUCUCCUGUAGAGUGUAGCGCUUCAUUUUUUAUUAUAAUAAUUCAUGUAGAGUUGUCAUUCAGUCUCCAAUUUUCCCUGGAAUUAGCAUUUUUUAUUACUUUAAUAACAUAUUAAAUACCAUGUUAUUAGCAUUGGGCUUUAAAGCAGGUGGUGGUGCCAAAAGGAAGCAUGUGAAUCUGAGUAUUAAGCAGAAACUUGAAUUACUAAGGAAGGUGGAGUCUGGCGUGUUGGUGACACACAUGUAUUAGUAAUAUGAUGUAGCAAGGACAAAAUUACAGCAUAUGCUCUUAGGUUUAGUGUAUAUGCUAGCCAAAAAAGGUUUGACAGCUGGUUCUAGAAAGUAUAUGAAAGCAGUGCAAGUUAAAAAGCUUGAAGACAUAGUGCAUAAAUGGUAUGUUCAACGAUGUUAUGUUAGUGUUAACAUUCGUAGUGUCUCUAUUUACUCUGCUGCUAUGUUUGCAUAGCAUAUGAACAUAAAAUUUCAGGCAAGUAAUGAUUGGCCUUGGCACUUCCAUAAUCACCAAGGCUUGAGUAAUGUAAAGACUUAUGGCACUGCUGGUAAUGCACCUUCAGACAAAGGUGAUCUGUUCAGUUUAAUGUUAAAUUAUCUGAUAGUGAGAAGCCCCUUCUAUCUCAUUUGUUUAAUGAUAAUGGGACUGGUCUUUUUUGGUGCUCAUUCUCUUUUUAACACUCAAGCCUUUUUCAGCAUGAAUGAAGGACACGAGGUUGUAAUCCCAACAAAGACUGAUUCUCAAUAUUAUAAUGCCAAUGGUACACAUUAUUUGAAACUGACAGACGGACAAAUCAACAAGUCUACAUUCUUUUAAGAAUUGUGUGAAAAAGUUGCCUCUCAAUUAUUACAAGGGUUAGAAAGGCUGAUUUAACAGAUAUAUUUUCUGAUUUUUUGAGGGGGCACAUUUUGUCCCUGAAGUACACAAGCACUAGUUACAAGCUCAAGUUGAUCUUGAGGAAGUUAUGGCUCUUCUGUUGCCUGCUCACCCAAGGGCUGAAAAAUUAAGCAGCAGUGAUGGUAAAAUUAAGGUUGUAUUUUUGUUUCCCAAAUACCACUUCCCUGAUCCAACCUAUGCAUCAAGGGGGUUAUUGCAGCCUGCUAGAACUUGUAUCAGUCUAAACACUCAGAGUAUUGGUAGUGAUUGAGGAGGUAAGGGGAGGUGGAGUACCACAGAGGUUUACAGAAAACACAUUACAGAUUAGUAGUUGGCCCAAAAUCACAUCUAAUCGAUAUCAAUAUCAUAUGUUAAUAGAUCGCAAUAAAGCUAACACAAUCAUAAGAACAUAAGAAAGGAGGAACAUUGCAGGAGGCCUGCUAGCCCAUACUAGGCAGGUCCUUUACAAUUCAUCCCACUAACAAAACAUUUGCCCAACCCAAUUUUCAAUGCCACCCAAGAAAUAAGCUCUGAUGUGAAAGUCCCACUCAAAUCCAACCCCUCCCACUCAUGUACUUAUCCAACCUAGAUUUGAAACUACCCAAAGUCCCAGCCUCAAUAACCCAACUAGGUAGACUGUUCCACUCAUCAACUACCCUAUUUCCAAACCAAUACUCUCCUAUGUCCUUUCUAAAUCUAAACUUAUCUAAUUUAAAUCCAUUACUGCGGGUUCUCUCUUGGAGAGACA